CUGCCAGGGGCCUCCAGCUUCCAGCCAUCAGCAGACGCCUCUGUGGCUGCCCAGUCCCCUGGAUCCUGGACCCAGUUUGUGCUCGCUGUCUCCCCAGGGCCUCGCUCCUGACAGCCAGCACCUGUGGCUCUUUGUCGGCAAACUGCCCUCUGGGGCUGGGAGAGCCUGGGAACACAGCCACCCCCUUCCCCGGGACAGGGUGGGGAGAUAUAAAUACUCUGCCUGCAGGAAUGUGACCUCCAUUGUUCCCUGAGCCCUGGCCCAAAGUCAAGGCCACCUUCCCUGGGGCUCUCCUGGCCCUGCAGCCCCAGCCUCCUCCCUUUCCCUAUCCUACCUCUCCGCUCCCUUAGCAUUUUUUUUAAUACUUCCUUAAUAAGCCAGGAGUCCUCAUCUGAGGACUGGACAGCAGAAGCCAAGGCGUGCCUCCCCAGCUCUGUGCACAAGCGAGCCGUAGUGGGAUUCGUGCAGGGCAGGGACACCCAACAGGGCUCAUGGGUCCCCACAGCCUGGGGUCAUCUCCAGGGGAAGGAGGUUCCAGGUUCCCUGCCCCACCCUAAGGAAGGGUGGAGCUGGGCAGGGAGGAGAAGCUAGAGAAGAUGGGGAAGGAAGGAUGGCGGUCAAGAAGACCUGGAGGAGCCACAUGGAGCACAGACAUGUGAAGAAGCCGUGCUUGCUUCUCGGCCCUGGACUUGUACCAGGACUUGGGGGACAUGGAAGGAGGCACUUGACAGAGACGUGGGUGUUUCUAGCUGUGCACGGGGACUGACUAGCCGAGGACCCCCGCGGAAGAGCUUCAGACACCGUAGGAGCGCAUGACAAUGGAAGAUUAUAACAACUCCCUCGUUUACGAUGAUGAGUAUGAAGAGCAUGACCCCAUCGUGGUUUUGGAGGAGUUAUCGAGCCUGGAAGGCGGCUUUGCCAGAAUCUUCCUGUUGGUGAUCUACAGCAUUGUCUGUUUCCUCGGGAUCGUGGGCAAUGGCUUGGUGAUCACCAUUGUCUCCUUCAAGAUGAAGAGGACGGUGAACACGGUCUGGUUCCUCAACCUGGCCGUGGCAGACUUCCUGUUCAAUGUCUUCCUCCCCAUCUACAUCGCCUACGUCGCCAUGGACUACCACUGGGUUUUUGGGAAGGCCAUGUGCAAGGUCAGCUACUUCCUGCUCAUCUACAACAUGUACACCAGCGUCUUCCUGCUGACUGUCAUCAGCUUGGACCGCUGCAUCUCUGUGGUCUUCCCGGUCUGGUCCCAGAACCAUCGUAGUGUCCGGCUGGCUUACAUGGCCUGUGUGUUCAUCUGGGUCCUGGCUUUCGUCUUGAGCUCUCCGACCCUCGUCUUCCGGGACACGGUCGAUCGGCAAGGGAAAAUCAUCUGCUUCAACAACUUCAGCCUGUCAGCGGCUGGCUCUGCCCCACACCUGGCUCACCUCGGACAGGACCCUGUGGGCUUCAGCCAACAAAUGGCGAUAACCAUCACUCGCUUCGUCUGUGGCUUCCUGGCCCCGGUCCUCAUCAUCACAGCCUGCUACUUCACCAUCGUCUGCAAGCUACGGCGCAACCGCCUGGCCAAGACCAAGAAGCCCUUCAAGAUCAUCAUGACCAUCAUCAUCACCUUCUUCCUCUGCUGGUGCCCCUACCACACGCUCAACCUCCUGGAGCUCCACCACACUGCUGUGCCCAGCUCUGUCUUCCACCUGGGUUUGCCCCUGGCUAUGGCCAUCGCCAUUGCCAACAGCUGCAUGAACCCCAUUCUCUACGUCUUCAUGGGUCAGGACUUCAAGAAGUUCAAGGUGGCCCUCUUCUCCCGCCUGGUCAAUGCUCUGAGUGAGGACACUGGCCAUUCCUCCUUCCCCAGCCACAGGAGCUUUACCAAGAUGUCCUCGGUGAACGAGAAGUCCUCGGUGAACGAGAGAGAGACCAGCAUGCUUUGAAUGCACAGGAGAUGCCCAGCCGACACUCUCAAACUUGGAGCCCCAAAACCAUGCCUUUUCAAGACCACAGCCGGAAUGUCUUCAGCACCCCCAUGAACUACUUCUGCAUGGGUAUGAACAGCGUUUAGGGCUGGGAAUUCAGGGCUUGGGACCCUGUUCUUCAUGUGGCAUGUGGAGGAAUGCCAUCUUGGUCACAGCCUUACGCCAGCAUCCCUUUUGGGGAGACUUGCCUUGAACAGUGCAAGGCAAAAAAGGGAGCAUUCUCAAGGGCAUUGCCAUGGACAGUGGGAUUAAGCUACCUACUAUGCUCACCCCAGGAAAGACUCGAGCACUCCACAUGCCCAUUCCUGGUGUGAGCAGAGAAUGUCAGAGUAAACCCAAUGUCAUGCAGCUCACACUCACCCUGUAUACCUUAAUCAGCUGUGGCCAGAAAUCCCGCCACUCAAGCCUGUGCAAAUGCCCAGCUUUCCUGGGAGGAAGAGGACCUAUGAGGCCACCACCUUCCAAGGCCUGGCACUUGGCUUUCAGGUUAGCUGUGAAGACAGACAAUAGGUCCUAGGGUCACGUGAGCUCUCUGCUAGAACAAGAGAAGGGGGGCUGCAGUGAGGACUCGGGUCUGGGGGAAGAAGACCCUUCAAAGAGCAGCUCACUCUGGAACUUUCCACACCAUGGUGCUAUAGGACUCAGCUGUUUUGGGGGGUGAGCAAGGGGUGGCACCCCGCUCUGCUCUUACUUUGCACUUCUUAGCGGGACAGUCUGAGAUAGGUAUGACUGCAGCCUCCACCUCUUCCCAGGGAUUCUUCUCUCCUUCCUAAUCCACUUGGUGUUGGCUGGAGGCGUCCAGAAGGAAGCAUUCCAGGGCCAGGCAUGGGAGUGGAGGUGGGGGCGUGGGAGUGGGCUGGGCAUCCCUUUCUUCUCCACUGCCUCCAAGCCUUGCUAGACAGCGGCCCCAAGCUGGGUUCCACCAGCACCCUGGGAGCACAUGCAGGACAAAGCAGAACCUGGAGCCUGAUUCUGCGCAGAAGCACCUCUGUGCACAGCACACUACUUUCCUCAUCUAGCGCGACAGCUUCCAGAGCUGCAGUGUCUGUCCCGCUUGCAAACGACAAAGCUCAAACUCGGAGAAGGAAGAAAUUCAUUCAGCAUCACACAGUGAGCCAGAGACAGAGUUAAGAUCUGAACUCAGCUUGGUCUGGCCCCAGAACCCUGUUCUUUUAUGGAGAAUGUAUCUGUUGAGAAUAUUCUAGCCGAUAAUACUACCCUAUGUUAUUUAGCACUUCCUAUGUUAAGCACUUUAUAUGUUAUCUCAUUUAUUCCUACACCAGCCCUGAGUUAGGUACAAUUAUUACUUUGCCUUUACGUAUAUCAGAGGUUCACAGAGGUUUAGUAACUUGCCUGAGGUGCCCAGCUGGUCCCUGCCAAAGCUUGGAUUUAAACUUACCCCUCGCUCAAGGAAAGUUGCAGAAUCUUGGGGUUUUGACCAUAAAUAUAGAAUCCUCAGUGGGUUAAUGCAAACAUCUUAACAGCCUUUAAAUCAGCUUUGCAAAUCGUUCUCAAAAAUUAUCUAACAGGGCCUCCCUGGUGGCGCCGGGGGUUAAGACACAGCCUGUGAAGCUGUCCGCAGUCUCUGCAGCUUGAGUUUGAUCCCCGGCCAGCCAGGGAGCAACCCACAUGGCGCAGCAGACCUCUCCUGACUCACUCACUGCUCCCCUCAGCAGUGCACUUCGGUCAAUCUGCCUGUUCUGCUCCCCACUCUGUCUCUGGUGAAUCCUUUCACCACCACCCCACCACCACCUCUGGCCUAUACCCCAGCUCUUGUAUGCAUAAAUAAAUAAAUCUUCUUUAAAAAAAAAAAAAAAGAUUCAACAUGGCAAAGAAAAUGCACUUGGCCUUCUUCCUUGAUGCCCAUCAGCAUGCACCCAGCAGGACCCCCACCUCCUGCACCCCGGGAGCACUCCAGAAGGCAGUGGGGAGAGAAUCCUGGCAGGAAGCAGCCUCUUGUGGACUCAAGGCCCUCUGGCCCCCAAAUGUCCACAUUCUGUUCUCUUGCAAAUCUCUUAGUUGCGAAGCCAGCUCUCCAACAAGAUACAGUGAACAGAUGUAGUGUCUGCAUGUCAGGCAGGUUCCCGAGGCCACGGGCUGUUUGGAAUCACAGCUCAUUAAGAGACAAAUUGUUCCUUUUCUCCUUGGGUCUUCAUGCUGAUGACAAGGCAGCGCUGAAUUGACCCCAGUUGGGGCCUCCACUUGCCUCAAACAGUCUGAACAUGGGCAGUUUGAGAGCAAAAGGGGAGCCUGCAGGGCUGCCCAGUGCACCCCCCCCCACCUCCCUCUCCAGUGGAACAGAGGGAGCAGCUAAGGCACAAGGUGCCCUGGGCCCUCUCCAGGCCCCAGAGGGGACAUCAGCCACCCGGGACUCUACCCCCCAGGGCCGUGCUGCUUCCUCAGGCCCAGUUUCUCGCUCCUCCUGGGCUGCGUGAAGGACAGGCCCAGCAGAGCUGGGAAUCAUUUUGUCACUGGGAAAGCUGAUGAGCAGGAGCAAAAUUCAAACCGGCUGUUUUCCCCUUUCGCGUCAGCCUCCUUCUUUCUGGCUGCCCACCAGUCUUCCUGCUCUGACUGUGGUUUCCCAUUAAAAAUCCAAAUGCAGGGGCCUGCCGGGUAGCACAGCGGGUUGAGCGCUGCUCUGUGAAGCUGUCCGCAGCCUCUGCAGCGCGGGUUCAAUCCCGGCCGGCCAAGGAGAUUCCCACAUGGCACAGCAGACCUCUCCUGUCUCGCCCGCUGCUCCCCUCAACAGUGUCUUCGGUCCUUCUGCCUGUUCUGCUCCCCACUCUGUCUCUGGUAAAUCCUCUCACGCCCCACACCUCUGGCCUGUACCCCUGCUCUUGUAUUAAUAAAUAAAUCUUUAAAAAAAAUCCAAAUGCACCCACAACCGUCCCUUUAACCUCAUCCUUACAGCUCCUUCUGAGGCCCUGGCAGGGGGCAUGUAUGCCCCGGGGCUCACAAACUGUGCUCACUUGCAUUAUUGCAUAGGCAGCCAGCGGAGGCCCCUCCCAUGGAGCCAGGGUCUGGCCAGCUGGGCCUCAGAGCUCCUCCCGGGUGGGGUGGGUGGCUGACGGGGCAGGGGAAGCAGGCAGAGGCACAAGAAGAGAAGAGGGUGCUUGGGGACAGGUCAGGAGGAGAGAGACGCAUGGAGGACAUGGAGAAUGGCGAUGAGGGAAGUGGCCGAUGUUAGCCAAGUGCCAUCAGCAGUCACAAAGCCUCAUCAAACUAUCAGAAGGGUCUUGCGGGGAGGCCCUCCGCAGGAUGGGUGAUGCAGAAAGGGCCCGCCUCCCUUGUUCGGGGCCACACAGGCAGCAAACCACAGAGCUGGGCUGUGAGCCGGUUUUUCUGCCUGAGCUCCUGUGCCCAGAAGCUUCCUUCCACACGUUCAUCCAUGCAUCUGCUUACCCACCCAUCACCCACCAGCCUAAUCCCCUUAACGUCCCGCCCAUUUACCCCAACAUCCCUCCACUCAUCUCUUCCCACACCUGUCAGGCACCCAUCCAUCUGCACACCCAACUCUGCACCCAUCCUCUCCUCCAGGUCAUAAAAUUGAUUUAAUACCUACUCUUUGCCAGGCCCCGUGGCUGGCACUGGGAAUACGGGCAUGACCAGGACGCACACAGCCUCUGUCCUCGUGAGCUCGUUCACUGGCUAGUGGGAGAGACAGCCAAUAAUUUUUAAAAACACACCCCAGUGGGAAAGACAAUAGUGCGUGCUGCACUCAUAUGAUAAAGGUCUGACCUUGCUCCAAGGCCAAGGAAACUCCCUCGGGGAAGAUGCAGGAGAUGUGCAGGCCGCAGGCGUGGGCUUGGCGGGGUGUGGGAGAGGGGACUCCCCGCAGAGGGCACGGCGUGGCCGGGGCCUGAUGUGGUAGAGAGGAGGGCGAGGCCAGAUGCAGGGUGAAGGGGCAGCCUCUGCAGGCGAGUGGCCUGCCUGGACCUGCGUCUGGAAGCGAAGCGGCUGCUCUGGGGAGGGCAGAGCGCGUCAGGCAGGAGGGGGCCCCCCCCGCACUGUCUCCAGGGGGAUCGUGAUGGCGUGUGGCCUGCCAAAGCCACGGUGGAACUCAGAGAUUACUCAAAAGCUCCCCACCCUUGGUCAGGGGAGCAGUUAGUGAGACACCAAGCCAGGGCCCAUUUCAGCUGCGCAGAGUCCUCGCUGCAUUGCUUUAUUGACGGAAAUUAAUUGUAAAUAUUAUUCAAAUUUACCUCCCAGUGCACAAUUAUAUUUCUCAGGGGAGCCCUCUGAGCACAUAAUAAAGCCCUAUAAAUAAUACAUAUAUUAACCUAAGAGGAAGGGAGGCAUGCUAAUGCAGCAUCGCCCACCGCGAUGCGGGAAUUUAUGCAGAUGAGACUCCCAAGUCACUGGAUUCAGGGCUUGACUUCAGAAGUCUCCCCGAGUCCUUUCCUGGGGACUCACCAAGGUGUGGGUUCCCUCUAGGCCCUUCCAUUUUCAUUAUCUCACUGAGUCCUUAUUAUCUCCGCGUGCAGAGGAGGAGAUCGAGGUUCAAAGAGGUGCAGUGCCUUGCCCAGUGUCACACAGCCAGUGACAGCUACGAUGUGACCUGCGGUCUGAUUCCCAAGCCACUCGCACACAUAAGCUCUUCUUUGAAGAGGACGUCCCUGGAGGGAGCAGAGCAAGGUGUGAUCUCUCCCCAGAGCCUGUUCUAAGGAAUUGGGAGCGGGGAAAGUCACUGAGGGGUGACUUUUUCCUUUGGGAGGAAAUAGUGUCCUGAUGGGUUUAUCACUUCCUCUUAAUCCUGGGGAUCUUAAGAUUAUUGUUUGGGGGCCUCCCUGGUGGCUCAAGGGGUUAAGCACCACACUGUGAAGAAAUCUGCAGCCUCUGCAGCACGAGUUCAAUCCCCAGCAGGCCAGGGAGCAACCCACAUGGCGAGGCAGACCUCUCCUGUCUUGCCUGCUUCUCCCCUCAGCAGUGUAUUUCAGUCCGUCUGCCUGUUCUGUUCCCCGCUCUGUCUCUGGUGAAUCCUCUCACCCCCCCACCCCACAUCUCAGGCCUGUACCCCAGCUCUUGUAUGCAUAAAUAAAUAAAUCUUCAAAAAAAUUAUUGUUUGGAAGAGGCUCUAUUUCAUCAAGUUCAUCUCUGCCCAUGUUCCCAUUUUAUAGAUGGUAAAGUUGAGGUGUCUUUGCAAAUAAGAUUGGGAGACCGCCUCCAUCACUGCUGUGAGAUUCGGGCAAACACGCUCGUGUGUCACUUUUAAAGACCUGGGCAUUCACCAAACUGCCCUCUUCAUGUUUUAAUUUGCUGACAAAGGCUUUGGUGCUCAGCCACCCAAGAGGGCCUCUGCUCGGGAUCUGGGAAUCACUGUGAAGUUUCCAGCAGAAUCCUGGCUGACGUGGAGGCAGGAGAUCUUGGAAAAACCCAGUACGGGGCAAAGACACACUGUAUUUAGGGCAAAAACUUUACCCUUCAAAGAUGUCCUGGAUACAGGUGAGGGAUGCUCUCUCUUGAUCUAGUGGUGGUUAUGUGAUUUUCUGUGCAAAAACCCACUUAUCUGUACAUAUAAGUUGGAUGCACUUACUGUAUUCAGUAAUGCCACAAUA